AUGCACCGCUUCUUCAAAUCCGAAUUUUUCAACUUCGAGUUCUUGCGUAUUUUGAGCACCGCACCAUAUGGAGGAUGUGAAAUUGGGGACGCUUUGGUCGUAGCUUCUAGGAUAAAUGACUGUGAUGCAGAGUCAUGGAGUCAAGAGUGGGCAGAUAUGAGUUCCAAAGCGGAAGCUCUGGCAGAGGAGGCGCAAAGCCUUGGAGAUACCUGCGCCGCUCGCGGGGCCUUUUUGAGAGCUGCAAAUUACUCUCGUGCCAGCCAAUACAUGCUCAGCAACUCACACCUGGGGCCAGAUCUACGCGUCCUGCAAAGGCUGGAGAAGAGUAGAGAUCUAUUCAAGAGGGGUAUUGCUCUAUUGGAAAUUGCUACAGCACACCCUCUAUCCAUCCCUUUUAAGAAUGAGGUAGAGCUUCUGGCGUACCUGUACAUCCCAAAUAUGAAUGCCAAGAGACAAAACAGCACGGGUCGAUAUCCGCUUGUCAUCAUCUUGGAUGGGGGCGACUCUACACAAGAGGAAAUGUUUAUUGCGUGUGGCUUGGCUGGGCUCGCCCGUGGAUAUGCUAUCCUCACUUUCGAUGGUCCUGGACAGGGGAUAUUGCUCAAGCGGGACAAGGUUCCCAUGGAACCUGCGUACGAGAAGGUCACUUCGACUGUCUUGGACUACGUCGAGAAAAUGGAAUCGAGCGCUGAGUUGUCGCACUUGAGCGUUGACUUGGACAGAGUAGCGGUUGUCGGGCAUUCUCUAGGCGCGUAUUUCGCACUACGAUCAUGUGUUGAUCUCAGAAUCAAAGCCUGCAUUGCUAUUGAUCCUUCAUACGAUAUGUGGGAUCUACUGGCAUCCCGAAUCCCGGCUUGGCUUAUUGAAGGCUGGUCCGGAGACUAUAUACCGGAUGGGGUUUUGAAUUCUAUCGUAAGGGUACUUCAACGAUUGAAUUUCCAGAUGAGAUGGGAAGUCGAGCAUAUGUUAGCAAUAAUGGGAGCGGAGAGCCCAGCCCAGGCGAUUCGGAAUCUACGAAAGUUUAGCUUGCGUCUUGCGAAAGGUGAGGAAUAUUUGAGCGAGGCUCAGUGCGCGAUUCUAGUAUCUGGUGCGGCGAAAUCAAUGUACUUUGAUCCGACCUCGGACACCAGAAAGGUCUUUGAGGCUCUCGGCCAUCUAGACAUCUCGAGAAAGGAGUGUUGGAUUGCAGAUAGCGUGGAGCAAGGAGGACUAUCAGCAAAGAUUGCGGCAUUCGAGUUAGCGAACCAUCGAAUAUUCACUUGGUGUGACAGGCAUAUUGGGCUAGAGAAGGUGCGAGCUUAG